AUGUCUGAAGGCGCGGUCAAGCCCGCGAACCCGGUGGUCGCAGAGGCCCACCAGGUCGACACCUUCCACGUCCCCAAGGCAUUCCAUGAGAAGCACCCGCACACGGGCCCCCAUCUCGGCGGCCUCGAGCACUACCAGCAGCUGUACAAGGAGUCCAUCGAGGAGCCGCAGAAGUUCUGGGGCCGCACCGCGCGGGAACUGCUCACGUGGGAGCGCGACUUCCAGACCGUCAGCGCCGGCAGCUUCGCCAAUGGCGACGUUUCCUGGUUCUUGGAGGGCAGACUGAAUGCUAGCUACAACUGCGUCGAUCGCCAUGCGUUCAAGAACCCGGAGAAGCCCGCCAUUAUCUACGAGGCCGACGACGCCGGAGAUGGCCGCACCAUCACCUACGGCGAGCUGCUCCGCCAGGUGUCCAAAGUCGCCUACACGCUCAAGGAGAUGGGCGUCAAGAAGGGGGACACGGUUGCUGUCUACCUGCCCAUGAUUCCAGAGGCCAUCAUCUCGCUCUUGGCGUGCGCGCGUAUUGGCGCAGUCCACUCCGUCGUCUUUGCCGGUUUCUCGUCAGAUUCGCUCCGUGACCGCAUCAUCGACGCCGAGUCCAAGGUCGUCAUCACCACAGAUGAAGGCAAGCGUGGCGGCAAGGUCAUUGGCACCAAGAAGAUCGUCGACGAGGCCCUGAAGCAGUGCCCGAACGUCUCCCACUGCCUCGUCUUCAAGCGCACGGGCGCCGACGUCCCGUGGACCAAGGGUCGUGACUGGUGGUGGCACGAGGAGGUGGAGAAGUACCCCAACUACAUCGCCCCAGAGUCUAUGAACUCUGAGGAUCCUCUCUUCUUGCUCUACACAUCGGGCUCCACCGGCAAGCCCAAGGGUGUCAUGCACACGACGGGUGGCUACCUCAUCGGUGCUGCAGCGACCGGAAAGUAUGUCUUCGACAUCCACGACAAGGACAUCUUCUUCUGUGGUGGUGAUGUCGGCUGGAUCACUGGCCACACCUAUGUCGUGUACGCGCCAUUGCUACUCGGUGUUGCUACCGUCGUCUUUGAGGGCACUCCCGCCUACCCCAACUUCUCGCGCUACUGGGAUAUCGUCGAUAAGUACGGCGUCAGCCAGUUCUACGUUGCCCCGACCGCUCUACGACUGCUCAAGCGCGCUGGCGACCAGCACGUCAAGCACGAGAUGAGGAAUCUCCGAAUCCUGGGAUCCGUGGGCGAGCCAAUUGCGGCUGAGGUCUGGAAGUGGUACUUCGAAAUUGUAGGAAAGGAGGAGGCGCAUGUCGUUGACACAUACUGGCAAACUGAGACCGGCUCCCAUGUCAUCACCCCCCUUGGUGGUGUCACCCCGACGAAGCCCGGAUCUGCCUCCCUGCCCUUCUUCGGCAUCGAGCCCGCCAUUAUCGACCCCGUGUCUGGCGAGGAGAUCCACGGAAACGAUGUCGAGGGUGUGCUUGCCUUCAAGCAGCCAUGGCCCAGCAUGGCGCGCACUGUCUGGGGAGCCCACAAACGAUACAUGGAUACAUACCUGAAUGUGUACAAGGGCUACUACUUCACCGGCGACGGUGCUGGCCGUGACCACGAAGGCUACUACUGGAUCCGAGGUCGUGUGGAUGACGUUGUCAACGUUUCUGGACACAGGUUGUCGACGGCAGAAAUUGAAGCCGCCCUCAUUGAGCAUCACAGCGUUGCUGAGGCCGCCGUCGUCGGUGUGCACGACGAACUGACUGGCCAGGCCGUGAACGCAUUCGUCGCGCUAAAGGAUGGCAACGAGGCAAGCGACCAGACAAAGAAGGACUUAAUCCUCCAGGUGCGCAAGUCGAUUGGUCCGUUUGCGGCACCAAAGGCGAUUUUCGUGGUUCCAGAUCUGCCCAAAACCCGGUCCGGAAAGAUCAUGCGUCGUAUCCUGCGCAAGAUCUUGGCAGGUGAGGAAGACCAGCUGGGCGACGUUACUACGCUUUCGGAUCCUUCGGUAGUCGAUAAGAUCAUUGAUGUGGUGCAUACCACCAAGCACAAGUAG